AUGGAAGGGCCCCUGGCGGAUGGGGACGGGGGUGCGGGCCUGGACUGGCGUUUUGCAGCGUGCAGGGUGCAGAGUGAUUGGCAGGAGGAGGAACCUGGUCCCCAGGGCCAGGUUGAGAACCCCAGUCCUUGGAGACCACCAGCAGAGGCAGCCUGUGGGGAUGGGCUCCUGGGCAGUCCCCUGGAGGGGGCACUUCAGGCACCCCCAGGACAGGUGGCCGCAGAUGGGUCAGGGGAUGGGCCGAGGGACUCAUUGGGGGGUCCCCCAGGUCAGUCAGAGGCCCCAGCCUCCUCUGGGGUGGAGAGCUGCCUGUGCCCCAUGUCCUGCCUCGCAUCUGACCCAGCUGUCCUGGUUCCUCUGGGCGUGGCCAGUGGCCCUGAACCUUCAUCUGGGACAUCGGAGCAGCCAGAGGCAGAGCCCAGCCCAUCGGGUCUCCCCAAGCCCACUGACAACCUCCUGGCCCAGGAUCUCUGCUGGGAGCUGCUAGCCAGUGGCAUGGCUGCCUUGCCAGGCACGCGGGAUGCUGAAGGCCGGGCUGUGCUGCUUCUCUGCGCCCAGAGCCCAGCCUGGCUUCACCCCCAGUGUAGCACUCAUGAGCUCCUCCGCCUCUUGCUCUACCUGAGAAGUAUCCCCCGGCCCCAGGUGCAGGCUCUGGGACUGACGGUACUGGUGGACGCCCGCCUCUGUGCUCCCAGUGCCGUGCUCCUCCAGGGGCUCAGCCAGCUGCAAGAAGCAGCCACAGGGGCCGUGCAGCGGGUGCUACUCAUGGGAAAGCCACCGGAGAAGGUGCCUGCCGGGCUGCAGCUGGAGCUGCUCGGCACUCCGCAGAGUCUUCUGACCCACAUCCCUGCCUCAGACUUGCCUGUGUCCUUGGGAGGAGGCCGGCCUUACUGCCACCGUGCCUGGCUGGACUUCCGGGUGCGUCUGGAAGCCCUGCUGCAGAGCUGCCGGGCAGUCUGUGCCCUGCUCCACGGCGCCAUUGAGAGCAUGGAGGCUGUGCCACUGCCCGUGGAAUCUGGGGAAGCAGACGGGCUGCUUCAGCAGGCCCAGGUCCUGAUGCGGCAUGUGCUGGAGGCACCGUGUCUGGCCUGGCUGCAGUGCCAGGGGGGCUUGGAGCUGGCAUGGCUGAAGCAGGGCGUCCCAGAGGUGACCCUGAGCCCAGACUACAGGCCAGCAGUGGAUGAGGCCGACCAGCUGUACAGCCGAGUGGACACGCUGCUGCACCGGCUGACGCUGCAGAGUAACGGGCGUAUGCAGGCCUUGGAGACGGUGCAGACGCUGGCAGCCCAAGAGGACAGUCUGCACCAGAUGGAAGUGUGGCUGCGGCAGGUGGGCUGGCCGGCGCUGGACGGGCCCAAGGAACCUUCACUGCAGAUGCUGCUCCAGGCCCGUGCGGCCUUCCAGGAGCUGGAUCAGGUCGCCCAGGAGCAGGUCAAGCAAGGGGAGAAGAUGCUGCAGCCACUGGUGGGCUGGGAGGCCGCGGAGCUGGGGCCCCUGGGCACCCGCUUUCUGGCCCUGCGAGCGCAGCUCACGGAGUUCUCUGCGGCCCUGGCCCAGCAGCGGCAGCGACUGGAAAACGCCGAGAAGCUGUUGAGCUUCUUUGAGCAGGCCUCGACCUGGGCUGAGGAGGGGCAGCGGGUUUUGGCGGAGUUGGAGCAUGAGCGCCCUGGGUUGGUGCUCCAGCGGCUGCAGCUGCACUGGACCAAGCACCCUGACUUGCCUCCUGCCCACUUCCGAAAGAUGUGGGCACUGGCCACGGCGCUGGGCUCCGAGGCGAUCCGCCAGGAGUGCCGUGGGGCCUGGGCGCGGUGCCAGGAUACCUGGCUAGCGCUGGACCAGAAGCUGGAGGCGGCCCUGAAGCUGCCGCGCUCGGAGAGUACCGCCAGCCUCUUUGCCCACCAGGGCCCCGUGGCCCCUGCUGCCCCUCCGCCGCUGAGGAAGGCCUACAGCCUGGACCGCAACCUAGGCCAGAGUCCCGGCAAGGCCGCGCACCACUGCCCCCCAGUGGCCACGGCGGGCGGUGCCCAGUUCGGGCAUAGUCCUGCUAUGCCCUUCCCACCAGGAGGUGCUGAGCCCAGGAGCGCCAACAGGCUCCAGCUGGUGCUGCUCGAGAUGGUGGCUACUGAACGGGAGUAUGUCCGCGCCCUCGACUACACCAUGGACAACUACUUCCCUGAGCUGGACCGUCCUGAUGUGCCCCAGGGCCUCCGCGGCCAGCGUGCCCAUCUCUUUGGCAACCUGGAGAAGCUUCGGGACUUUCAUCGCCACUUCUUCCUGCGGGAGCUGGAGGCCUGUGCCCGGCACCCGGCCCGGGUCGCGUACGCUUUCCUGCGCCACAGGGUGCAAUUUGGGAUGUACGCGCUCUACAGCAAGAACAAGCCUCGGUCUGACGCCCUGAUGACCAGCUACGGGCACGCCUUCUUCAAGGACAAGCAACAGGCGCUGGGGGACCACCUGGACUUGGCCUCCUACCUGCUGAAGCCCAUCCAGCGCAUGAGCAAGUACGCGCUGCUGCUGCAGGAGCUGGCGAGGGCCUGCGGGGGGCCCGGGCAGGAGCUGAGCGCCCUGCAGGCUGCCCAGAGCCUGGUGCGCUUCCAGCUGCGCCAUGGCAAUGAUCUGCUGGCCAUGGAUGCCCUCCAGGGGUGUGACGUGAACCUCAAGGAGCAGGGCCAGUUGGUGCGGCAGGACGAGUUCACGGUGCGCUGCGGGCGCCACAAGUCUCUGCGCCGUGUUUUCCUCUUCGAGGACCUGCUGCUCUUUAGCAAGCCUCGCCGGGGUCCAUCAGGCACCGACACGUUUGCCUACAAACGCUCCUUCAAGAUGGCAGACCUCGGCCUCACCGAGUGCUCUGGGGAGAGCAACCUGCGCUUUGAGAUCUGGUUCCGUCGCCGCAAGGCCAGGGACACCUUCGUGCUGCAGGCGGCCAGCCUGGCCACCAAGCAGGCAUGGACGGCUGACAUUUCCCGUCUGCUCUGGAAGCAGGCGGUCCACAACAAAGAGGUGCGCAUGGCCGAGAUGCUGUCCAUGGGUGUGGGGAGCAAGGCCUUCUGGGACAUCACUCCCAGUGAGGAAGCCAUCAACAACCGCACCAUCGAUUACGUCCUGAAGAGUCGAGACAUUCGCUCACGGGCCUCCAUUGCCGUGGCCCCGUUGGACUCGGACAGCCCCUACCUGGGGGCCUGCAGCCCCCUUCCCAGAGACCCUGCCUCUCGCUCGGUCCUGGGGCCCCUCAACCUGCACCUGCACCGAGACCCGGCGCUCCUGGGCCUGCGCUGGUCCCUGUGUGCCCCCAGCUUCCCAGAGGCUGUUGCCACGGCAGAGCUGGGCAGCCAGCCCUCUUUGACAACUGAGGACUCUGAGGUCUUGUCCCAGUGCCCAUCCGCCAGCGGUUCCAGUGGCUCGGACAGCAGCUGUGUAUCGGGACAGGCCCUGGGCCGGGGUCUGGAGGACGCGACCUAUGUGAGUUGCUCUGCCCUGGGUCGAGGCUGA